ACGGUCAUGAAAUAGGGGAUUCACAACAACGAAAUCUUGUGUCAAUGGUCAGACAGAUUGUUGUCUCAGUUUACCACCGAGUAUGAAGCUAUUCACAAUUGCGAUCGUGCUAGUUCUAGAAAUUAUUUCUUGGUCCAAUGAUGCAGCUGCCAGUUGUGGACAGAAGAAAGCAAUCGCCCAACAGUUCAUUGCUUUUGGGUACCGCGCAUUGGCUGGAUCAUGGCCUUGGCACGGUGCAAUGUUCGUCCGAGUGCCGAAAAGCUCAUCUUAUGCAUGCGGAGUGACAGUUCUAACAGAGCAGUUUGUCAUCACCGCUGCGCACUGUACGAUAGAUCCUACCGAGAGGCAGCGAUUGCCACCGAGUCGGGUGUUUGUCAAACUUGGAGUAACGAAUCUGGAUGCAUCGGAAAAACAUGCCCAACAACAUAAUGUGGACAUUAUUAUACGUCACGAGGGGUACGAUGACAUAUCCUUCGAAGAUGAUGUGGCUCUAAUGAAACUUUACACAGAGAUUACAUAUUCGAGCCACGUGCAGCCGAUCUGUUUGUGGCAAGGGGAUAAAUCACUGAACAAAAUUGUUGCGAAGAUCGGAUAUAUUGCCGGCUGGGGGCUGGACGAAAACUAUGGUUUACCGAAAGACCUGAAUGAGGCGACAAUGCCGAUCGUGUCUAAGCAAGAUUGUCUGGAUAGUGAUUAUGAUCACUAUUCAAAAGUUUUUCAUGAUAAAAAAACAUUCUGUGCUGGUUAUCGGAAUGGAACGGCGGCGGGUCCUGGAGAUAGUGGAGGCGGUAUGUUCCUCCGCGUCGGUAACAGUUGGGUACUACGAGGGAUUGUAAGCAAUGGAAAAACGGAUCCGAAUACGUUGAAGAUCAUAAGCACUAGCUAUUUGGUGUUGAUGGAUGCAGCUUACUAUAUAGACUGGAUAAGAUCUCAUGUUACCAUCGAAACUACGAUCGAAACGGAUGCGGAGCCGAUCGAAACGCCGGCUGCUAGUACAUCUAGCGGUGAUCAGGCAAACCUUCUUGAUGUUUCACAGUGCGGUAAGGAAAAAUAUCCUCUAGGGACUCCUGAAGAAUUCAAGGGUUCACUUGGACAGUAUCCUUGGCUGGCGGUUAUUGAAUUUGUAAAUUUAAACACUCGCUUUCUGGAAGACGUUUGCCAUGGAAUUUUAAUUCAUCCGAGAUUUAUGCUAACUGCUGCGCAUUGUGUUCAGCGGCGACGACUCGCGACUCUUCGCUCGGUUCGACUCAACGACUAUCGGUUGGAUACCGUUACCGAUAUCUUCGAAGUUGAAGGGAAAACUGUGAAAACCACAGCAGUGCGAAUCCCAAUCAAAGGUGUUUCCGUUCACCCGAGCUAUGACACUCCAAAAUUUGCUAAUAAUAUCGCGCUGAUCCAGCUGGAUCAGUCAACGGCUCUUACACCUAUCUGCUUACCCACCAAAGGAACGCCAGUUCCGGCGAAUAAAUUACUCAGCAUUGUUGGCUGGAAGAAACAUUCUCGCCCAGAAAAAUAUUUGAUCAGAAACGUGGUUCAGCUGGCGGACUUCCAAAGUUGCAAACGAAAAUACGCAGAUACCAACGUAGCUUUAGAUACGUCAGGAGGACAGAUUUGUAGCACCUACAAUCACGACGAUAACGAUGAAAACUGCUCGCACUAUAUGGGAGCCGCUCCGUUUCAGUACGUGAGAAAUGGUCCGUUUGAGGGCCGUUAUUUCCUGGCGGCGAUCUCCAGCUUUGGCCAUUCCGACUGCCGCCGGGAGGAAUAUUCGGACGUGUUCACCAAUGUGGGCCACUACAGCGAUUGGAUUCGUGAUAAGCUGAAGCAAAAUGAGUAAAGUGUAAAGUGCUAUAAUGUUUGUUGGGUGAAUAAAUAUGGCAGCUGUUUCUCAUGUGA